GCCCGGCCCCGCCCCCUCGGUUUCGGUGCCGCCCCCCGGGACCCCCGGGACCCCCCCCCGCUCCCGGGGUCCCACCGGAGCUCACGGUCCCCGCUGUCCCGGGGGGGUCCCGGGGCGACGCCCCCGCGGCGCUUCCGGCGCCUCCCGCGGGGCCCGGGCGGGGCGGGAGGGGAAGGGGGAACCGGGAACCGGGCACCGGGCUGGGCUCGGAGUGCGUGCGGCUGGGAGCCCCGCGCAGACAUGAGCCCCAAAAGCUGCCUGGGCUGCACCAAGUGCUUCCUCUUCCUCCUCAACCUCUUCUUCUUCUUCCUGGGCAUCCUCCUCCUCGCCUUCAGCUUUUGGGUCCUGUUCGACCGGCAGAGCUUCGCCGCCGUGCUGGGGUCGCCGCUGCUCAGCCUGAGGCUCUGCUCCUAUGGCUUCUCGGGGGUCGGCAUCGCCACCAUGCUCCUGGGCUUCCUGGGCUGCCUGGGGGCCCUCAAGGAGGUCAAGGUCAUGCUGGGGCUGUAUUUUGGGCUGCUGCUGCUGCUCUUCGCCGCGCAGAUCACGGUGGCCAUCAUCGUCUACACGCAGCGCGCCGCCCUGGCUGCGAAGGUGGCCGCCUACGCAGAGGAGCUGAUCCGGGGGUACCCGGCCCAGGGACCGCCUGGGGACCCCCACGAGAGCUGGGACGCUGUCCAGCAGCAGCUCGGCUGCUGUGGCUGGAAGGGACCCCAGGACUGGGAGCGCCGCGAUGACGCCGCCAGGGACGGGGACAGCGACGGGGACAUCGCCUGCUCCUGCCUCAGGGCACCCAACAGCACCCACAGGAGCCCGUGGGUGCUGCCCCACGGCCGCUGCCCCGCGGCUGCCCCCCAGGACAUCUUCCCCAGGGGCUGCAAGGAGCGGGUGCAGAGCUGGCUGGCUGGAAACCUGGUCACCAUCGUGGGGGUUUGCGUAGGCAUCGGCCUGGGCGAGCUCUCCCUGCUGAUGCUGUCGAUGUUCCUGCUGCGGAACCUGGACUCCCGCUACGAGAAGCUGCUGCGGGGGUUCUGAGGGGGCCGCGGUGGUGUGGGGGGAAGCGCGGAGGGCUGUGUCCUUCAAUAAAAGCCGAUGGGAAGGA